CUUGUGGGGGGCGAUUUCCGAAGGUAUUAGGUUUCAAUAACCUUCUGAGUCCUUGGCGAGGAGGUCAGCUGGUGCGGUCCCGUAUGAUGAGACGUUCCUGGCUUUUGAUGAAAGCCGCCGCGGCAGCGAAGGCAGCGAAGGAAGUUCCGGGACCAUACGAUGGACGCGACCUUCCCUUAUAGCAAGCAAGGUUUGACCUAGUUUGACUCGCUUGCAAGCGAAAAGUGACAGCCCUGGGUCAAUCCUGGUCAAUCUCAAACGACGAUCGCUGGAGCGCUUCGUCUAGAGCUGCGCAGACAAUUGGUCGUGUAGCAAAAUCGACACCAUCGGUCAAUCACCUAGCAACAGUCUCGCGACACGAUGCGAGCUGUCGAGACUAUUGGGCAAAGCCUUGUCGAGAUUGUGUUUAGACACCGUCGAGAGAUCAUGGGGUAUUCAACCGCGAAAGCGAGAACAGGCGAGAACAUCCCUCGGGUAAUCGCGCCCGCAAGAAAGGCGGCCAUGGACGACGUCAACGGGAAUGUUCUGGACAUGGGCGCGUGCCAACGUAACAUCCUUGACCAGAGGGGAUGUUGGCUCCCUUGCCAGCUGGCAGGUCCUGAAAAGAGCUGCCUCUGUCCUCGCGGUCAGCACAAACUUUCCCGAUAGCCUGAGAAGGUGUCUGCGGUCUAGUACAAUCAAAGACUGAGAUUGACAGUCCGAGAGUAAAGAGCGGGCCGCAAGAAUUGGAGGGAAACGGUGUAACGGGUUGAACAUGAGAUCUUGAGAGCUGGACAUGAGAAAGGUACGGAAGCAUAGCUGUCGGGGAUCGAAUGUGCUCGCAAAUGCCGGUUUUCUGCUGGAGAUUAUCACGAGGUCCUUUCGUCGGGGUAGACUUCGUCGCGGAAGCGCUCGUGACACAGUUAUGCAAAGCUGAUUCAAUCCUUGCAAACCUCGUAGCUAAUGCGACUCUGCUACAGGUAAACGUCUAGAAAGACGCGAAGGGAG